GCCCUCUUGCGCCACACUAUGCACGUUUUAUUGAUCUGACAUGCAAUAGCUCUUCUAAGACUCUUAUAGCAACGUCACGCACAUUGCACAGUCAGACUUUUAUACCAUGAAGCUCGUUCAAAUCGUUUACCUCACAAUCCUUGCCGCUUCCAGUAGUCGCUGCCAGUGUCACUGGGGUAAACAGAGCCACGACCCCUCAGAGUAUAACCUGCAGCGGCCAUUGCGCUUCCUCUUCGACAAACAUGGACUGCAAGCAAUGGGCAGGGACAUCGCCUUACCUUGUGGACGACGGAUGCUGGGCGUGCUGUCACCUAAAUUAGUUGAACCUCUCGGUCAUUUUUGCUCUCAAUACAAGCAAUAUGUGUGUUGUGUACCGUUCUCCAAAAAUAUUCAACAUCGAUAAGAUCCCUCUGUGAAGCACAAACAGAGAUGCAC